GGGAAAUAGGACCUUGCAGUCAUCGCCCCACCAAUAUUAAUCGUCCACGACUCUGUCUUCUUGAAGUACCAACAUCAGAUGUUCACAUGGAUCGCCCGGUGACAUCCAAGCCACGGGGAAUCUGUCGGUACUACACAACCCCAAGGGGCUGCUACGCUGGUGACGAUUGCAAGUUCCUCCAUGGUACUGAGGAAAAGCUUACCCCGUACGACAAAUCCAAGGACCCCCUCGAUGAGGAGUUAAAGCACCUUGAUGACAAUAUGUGUAACAUAUGCAUGGAUAAGCCUCAGACAUACGGUCUUCUAACUGGCUGUGGCCAUGUAUUUUGUCUUCAGUGUAUUCGCCAGUGGCGAGAGCCACAAGGAAAGUCAUCGGACAUGGUGAUGUCAGGAGUAAUAAAACGCUGUCCUUAUUGCCGCAGUCCAUCGCGUUUCAUUACACCAUCCACGCAUUUCUUCCCUCAGGAUCACCCACGCAAGCAGGAAAUUAUAGACAGUUACAAGAAUAGCAUGGCUCGCGUUCCAUGCAAAUACUUUGUCGAAACAUCAGCCUCUGGCAAGCCCUGUUGCCCAUUCGGUCUAGAUUGCUUCUACCAGCAUCUCAACCCUGACGGUACACCACACGAUUUUCAAUAUGGAGCAAAUCACUUCAUGAAGGUAUUCAGGAGACAACAACGACAGCGUGGACGUACAUUUGUUGGGUCUGCUUCAGAUGCUGAUCUCGCAGAUCGCCUUAGGCUUCUACAGAGCAUCCUCGGAGACCCAACGAAUAAUCUUCAUGUCACCCUCAGCUUCGUCCGACAACAUCUCCCAGCGUUACUGAAUGGCAUGGAUGGGGAGUCUGGUGUAGUCACAGAUACUCUCAUGGGUGACGAUGACGAAGAUCAUCAGCCCUUCGAAUUACUGCUCUGACUCUACCAUAGGCGGAGAGUAUAGCUACAGAAAGGUCACUAGAAGUUACGCAUCUUGUGGCUCCUGUUGCCCACGUAUCCCUUGCUGUCG